AUGGAUGAGGAUCUUGAAGGAGUGCUAAUCGUGCUCGGCAUCCUCGGCAUCGGCAUUAUUGGAGCGAUUGUGCUUUUGAUAUUGUACGCCGAGCCAGUGCGUCGCCUGCUGCGGCUUCAUCGGGACAAAGAAGACGAGGAGGACAUCGAGACGGGCGGCACGCCGAAGAACUCGAAAAAGAAGUCGAUGAAGCGGACGCAUAUCGUGGUGGCGCAGGGGAAGAAUGUCUUCGAGAUAGACGAAGAAGCCAAGUCGAUUCGAAAAGUUUCCAAGCCAAGCCGCCAACUUACCGUAGCCGUCCACCCUGCCCCGAGUACGCCACGCUCCCUUCCGUCUACACCACUCGGAAAUCAGGCACCAGUUUCGUUCGACGACGUUCCGAGGGGAAAAAUUGCGAAAACGAACUCGGCCCCAUUCGAUCACCUUGAAGCGGCGAGUUCCGUGUCGGGAUCCGGGCCAGAAGGAAUUCGCAGUAUUCUCCGGCGUCCCCUCGUCCCCUCAUCGCUUAAUGGAACGACGUCAACGUCAUCUGAGAAGAAGAACACCGUACUCAUCAUACACGAGGGAAAUCGUUUUCGGAAAAUCGUCCCCUCCGAAGUCUCCUCCUUGCCGACGUCGCCGGAACAGGAGACAAACUAUUUGCCGGGCUACCGGGCGCUGAGCGAUCGGCGCAGCUCGUGCUCC